AUGGGUGGCUCCUCACAGCGUCGUGAUGGCGAUGCGGUGGCGAUGUUUUAUUUCAACAGGGAAUUCGAGGGCAUGAUCGCGGAUGAGCCGGGUGGCCGUCCUUCAGCUUCCUAUGAACCCCCACUCAACAGAACUGGAGAAGGCAUUCCAGAAGGAGCCUCCCACCAAAAGAAGCCCCCAUUCCUUUGUUCCACCUCUACCCAGACACAGUAUCUGGCGCUCCUAACAACUUGGGCAGAGCAACUAAAGGCGACGGAAGAUUUAGUUUCAUUGUAUUUAACGCCUGAGGACGACUUCACACAGGCGCCAACUUGGAGCAGAAACGGAUGUCUACACAACCCUAAGAAGGGGUCUAAGAAGAGAUCUAUUAAGACUGAGGAGGCAUUCCAGAAAGGCCUCCCACCCAAAAGACAACGGCCUUCCUUUGUUCCACACUCCCCUUACCCAGACACAGUAUCUGACGCUCCUAACAACUCGGCAGAGCAACUAACGGUGAGCGCUACCUUAGAGUCCUUGCAUUGGUCGUCGUCUAAGUGUGAUUUCACACAUAGUACACCAAAGACCUACCACCCCCCGAGUGUAUCCAUUGAGAGGGAACAAAAGGAUACCCCUUUACAGAAGACAUUUGAUAAGACAAUCCAGGCCGUAGAAGCAGGCGAAGGCUCUGAAGACAUCGGACUAACAAAGACAGCCCAUACAUCCCACCAACCAAAUAGGGAAGCUACAGGAGAAGGGUCUGAAGACACAGGACUAGCAGAGACCCCGCUUACAGCCCACCAAUCGAGUCAGGCCUCUUUGCAGGCGGUGACUGAAUAUAAUGUAGGUGAAUACCUCUUUAACUGUAUCUAUAGCACCGAGGAAGGCUCAGACUAUGUCCGCUGUAUACCACACACCUCUGUCGUAAAUGUGUCAGAUAAAAAGUGUAACAGGGGUAAUACAUCAGUAACCAAUCCUGUAAAUGUAUUAGAGGUUAACGUUCCAUUCCUUGAUAACCAAGCAGUACCUAAUUAUAUUACUAACAACCCAUUUGAAUACGGUGGGUCCCCAGGAGGUCCUGAGCAGAUAACAUUGCUUCAGGGUGACAAACUUUUUGAGUAUUGUGCCAACACUACACCUCAACAACCUGCGUCCGAUGUCCAUUAUAAACAAAUACAAUCAGAAUUAGCCGAAUUUCGCAAACAAAACAAAUCUCUUUUUGGCACAACUCUGGCCAGUCAGGUCAGAGCUAAUGCACAUUUGGCUGAUUUGGUCACAGGGUUUGGCACAACACUGGCCACUCAGGUCAGCUAUCUCAAUACGCUGAUUGUACCUAUGAUAGUAUGCCUUAAAAACACAAUGAAUAACCCCCCACAGUAAAAAACAAAAACAAACAAACAAACAAAAAAAAUGCCACCACCGCCCAAAAAAACAAAAAAACCUGAACCCUUAGGUGGGUGUGACGAUAGUAGGGUUGAGGAACUAGAAUGGCCAUGCGAGGACGAUUACACUAGAGCAGUAAACAAUCCUCAGGAUUUUGCACGUUUGUGUGCGAUUCAUGCCAAAAUAUUCGAAGCCUGGGCCCGAUCUAUGCCUAGGGCUAGCGCUAGUGAAAGCAACAGUGAGAAAACACAAGAAUCAGUUAGGACUGCCCCUGAGCAGUUGUCACAUAAUGGUCCUUCAGGCGUAUAUUCAGCCAAUACACAGUCCAAUACAGACGCUACACAAUCACCAAAUACAGACCCCUCAGUCAUAGAUCAGAGUAAUAAGAGACCUGCAUGUUUUCCGAGUGUUCAGCCGUCAAAACGAACCUGUACAGACGAGCAGACCGUUCACCACCCAUCCACAAGCGCUUAUAGGCCCCUUCCAUCACCCCCAGAAAAUCCUCAGAGUGUUGUACAGUGUGGUACGGGGCGCGUUUCUAAGGUAACAUCCGAAAUAGCAUCCAGACAGAUACCCCUUUUUAAUGCGGCUGAAUUUCGUCAAGAUGUCGACCUGCGAAAUAUUGAUUUGGCUGAUAUUGGUAGUGUUCCUGAAAGGGUGUAUAGCACAGGACAGCAUUUUAAAUGUUGAGUUAAGGGGGCCAGCCGUAGAUGUCCCUAUCCAAACAAUGUUGAACUCAAGCGACAGCUAUAACACAGACACAUUUCUGGAGCAAGUCGCACAAGCUAUGCAGAGUAACGAUAAUUCACUGACCAAUGACUCUUUAGAAUUAAUAGUGACAAUAGCGCGCAAUAUGUCGGGAGGGAGUGGUAGGGGGCGUCGAAAACUAGGAAGCAUUGGUUACGAUCAAAUAUUGUCAGAAAAAGGUAAUGCUUUGUAUAAUCCCAAGAAUAACGCUGGUAACGACAAUCUCUGCUUUUCUCUCUGCCUGGCACAUUAUGUAAAUAGCAAAUUGUCGCAUAAUGAGAAGAUGAAUUAUGCCAAGCAGCUGCAUAGUGAUUUGGGGUUGGCCUACACCCAUAAAGUUUCGUUCUCUGAUGUUGAAAGCUUUCAGAAACAUUUGAAAAUGAAAAUUGUGAUAUUCCAUCAUGUAGCCGGUUGUAAAAAACCCGCGAUCUUCAAAACGCACGACCAACCAGAUGUGAAAACAGCGUGGUUGUAUUUGCAUGACGAACAUUAUUAUCUCAUCGUAAAUAAAACGGCUUUUUUUGGGGCGUCGUACGUUUGCGAUGGGUGUUACAAGACCUACCAGAACACUCUGGGGCACCAUUGUAGUUGGCUUUGUAAUGUGUGUUACACUGCUUGUAUACCUGGCAAGACCAUUAAAUGCGCAGGCUGUAGCCGCAUAUGCAAAUCGCAACAGUGUUUUGAAGACCAUAAAAAACCCGAUGGGAAACACUGUUAUACCCUGCGAUAAAAUCAAAUAUUGCGAGUCCUGUCACGCCCAUAUCGUGUGUCGAAAAAUCCACACAUCUGGAAAAAAACUAAAUGCCUACAUUGUAGAGAGCCUUUAGGUGCUACUACGCACUCUUGCUAUAUACAACCCGUCGAACGCAAAGAAAGCAGUGAUAAGUAUCUCUUUUACGAUUUUGAAACACGUUAUCAAAGCGGUCGCCAUGAAGCUAAUAUUGUAUGCGUUAUGGAUAUGGACGGUCAAAAAAACUGCUACGAAACAACAAACUGCGUCGCUUCAUUCAUUAAGAACUACAGACAGGAGAAAUACAAAGGCUAUACUUUUAUAGCACACAAUGCAUCAGGUUUUGACAGUUAUAUAGUUUUAGAGUAUCUGGUGAGUCAGAAACUUUGUCCAACUAUUACUAUGCGCGGUUCUAGGGUGCUUCUGAUGAUCGAUUCUGCUUUCAAUCAGCGUUGGAUCGAUUCGUUCAGUUUUAUUCCUAUGGCCCUAUCUAAAACCCCUGCAGCCAUGGGGUUCUCCGAUCUUCUCAAAGGAUUCUUCCCACACAAAUUUAACAAGCGAGAGAAUGAGAAUUAUAUUGGUCC